GUGCAUUUCAUAAAUGUGAGACGCGAAGACUAACCAGCAUCCAACAUGAGUGUGCUGCCUGGUGAACUGAAGCUUUGCAAUUAAAAAGUUUUGGUGUUAAUCAUGCUUUUCUCCCUAACAUGGGUGAGCGCUGUGCUCACGGGGAUCUUGUCGGUGCACAUCGCACAGCGCCUGUGCUUCCCGUACUUCUGGAAAGACUUCUUCUUCUUGCUGAAAGUGAUCCGAUAUGGAGUUCGCUUGGAGCUCUACAAGAUGACAUCCAAACUCGUGACCGUGAUGGACCGUUUCGUGCAACAGGCGCAGCGGAUCCCUGACAAGCCCUUCUUGAUCUAUGAGGGCUGCACGUACACGUACAGGGAGAUAGACGAGCGGAGCAACCGCGUGGCGCGCGCGCUGCAGCAGCACACAGCCGUGAAGAAGGGCGACACUGUGGCGCUGCUUAUGAGCAACGAGCCCGAUUUCCUCUGCGUGUGGUUCGGUCUGAACAAGCUGGGCUGUGCAGUGGCCUUUCUCAACACUAACAUCAAAUCCAGGUCCCUGCUGCACUGUUUCAACUCAUGCGGGGCCAAACUGCUGGUGGUUGGAGCGGACCUGUUGGACACCUUGGAGGACGUCCUGCUUAAUCUGCAGGAGGACAAUAUCUCAGUGUGGGCAAUGAAGCAGGGAGUCUCCCAUCCAGGGGUCCAUUGCCUGUUGGACAAGCUAGAGCAGGCCUCAUGUGAGCCAAUUCCUGCUGAGCUCAGAUCAGCCAACUCUCUUAAAUCUGCCAUACUUUAUAUCUUCACUUCAGGGACCACAGGAUUACCCAAAGCUGCUGUGAUCACUCACUUGCAGUCUCUCAAGGCCUCGGCAGGGUUCUGGGUAUACGGCGGCACUUCAGAGGACAUGAUUUAUACACCACUGCCUCUCUACCACAGCGCAGCCUCUCUCAUAGGCAUCGGCGGCACCAUAGAGCUGGGCGCAACUUGUGUUUUGAAGAAGAAAUUUUCCGCCUCGCAAUUUUGGAACGACUGCCGAAAGUACAACAUUACCAUCUUCCAGUAUAUUGGGGAGCUGUGCCGCUAUCUGUGCAAUCAACCCAAGGCAGAGAAUGAGAAGAAUCAUAAAGUGCAAAUGGGUGUGGGAAAUGGCCUUCGCCAGGACGUAUGGAGAGACUUCCACAGACGUUUUGGAAAGAUCCGCAUGUGUGAGCUGUACGGCUCGACCGAGGGGAACCUCUGUUUCAUGAACCAUAUCGGCAAGAUUGGAGCAGUCGGUCGCUCCAACUUCUUCUACAAGCUUCUGUUUAAGUAUGACUUGGUGAAAUAUGACAUGGGAAAAGAUGAACCUGUGAGAGAUGAAGAGGGUUUCUGUCAGCGAGUUAAUAAAGGAGAGAUGGGUUUGCUGUUGUCCAAAAUCAAUUCCCAAAGUCCAUUCUUUGGCUAUGCUGGCAGCAAACAGCUAACCGAGAAAAAGCUCAUGAGGGAUGUGUUUAAGAAAGGAGAUGUCUAUUUCAACACGGGCGACCUGAUGGCCGAGGACGAGGACAAUUUCAUCAGCUUUAAGGACCGAGUGGGCGACACUUUCAGGUGGAAGGGUGAAAACGUGGCCACCACUGAGGUGGCAGAGUUUCUUGGACUGCUGGACUUUAUUCAGGAAGUCAAUGUGUAUGGAGUGGAGGUUCCAGGCCACGAGGGACGAGCCGGCAUGGCUUCACUGAUCCUUAGGCCUGACUGUGUGUUUGACGGAAAGAAGCUGUUUGAGAAUGUCAUGGAUCACCUACCAGCCUACGCUCGCCCUCUCUUCAUCAGAAUACAGGAGUCUAUGGAGAUGACUGGCACAUUCAAGCAGCUGAAGUUCUGUCUGGUGAAGAGUGGCUUCAACCCUGCCACCAUCUCUGACCCGCUCUACUUCUUAGACUAUACAGAGAAAGGUUACAUUCCCCUCACAGACUCCAUCUAUGACAGCAUAGCAUCGGGUCAGCGAAAGCUCUAGGCCAUAAUUGGCUAAAGACUCUGUUAUACUGACAUAUUUGAUUGGGCUUGAGAGCAAUCCUGAAUGACUCCUUGUUUAAUAAUGGAUUGCUUCCUCCUUUGUGAAAAUUUCACAGAGACAGUCUCAGUUAAUAAUGAAUUAGGGAGAUUUAGUGACUUGCGUGGCCUUUUGCGGAGAGCGAGCAGACUGAAGGCUGCGAUGGAGCUGAAUGAGAGGCCGGAUUCUCACCAAUGACCACCUGGUAUCAGGUUCUGGUGCCUCCUCAGUCUGUCUGGCACAGUUUGAAAGGCCAGGUGACUCUUAGCCCUAAUAAUAAUGCCACUACUUCAUCCUUCACCAUCAUCUCCUCAACUGUCUCUGCUCUCCUGCGUUCCUCUGCUGCGUUCCUCUGCAUCAGUGGAGAUCAAUACAGGAAAAGAACACGGCUGCUACCAUCACCAUGAAAUUGGAUUUCACUUUAGAUAUAAAACAUUGCUAUAUUUAAAGCUGCAGUCUGUAAUUACAUACCUCUCUAGAGAUUGAUAUGGACAAAUGUGUAUCAUUGGAAGUUCUUCCUUUCAGUUGCAUCAAGAGCCAAGAUCAUAAGCAGUUGUGUAGACUUUUUUAUUCCAUCUUUUGCGAUAAUUUUAGUACUGGUCAUCUAGAGCUCUGUCUGUGAAAAUCUUUAGGCCAGCAUGUCUUUAAUGCUUCUUCCAGUUGUACUACAGAUGUUGAGUUUACAUAUUUGCUAUACUAAUGUGCAGAUUGUAUCUUUGAAUUAACAUUUAACUGUUACAGAAAUGAAGGUUUAACCAGUCUCAGGCUAGUAAGAGCUGUGAACCCGGGGCCAGUGAAGGAAUUUUAGUUUGUAAAGCCAUAGAUAUAUAUAUAGUUAGAAUUAUUUACAGCACUGGAACAUGUUCCAGUUAUUAUUUCAUGCACUACUUUCAAGGGUCUGAACAACUUUUGUUGUUGGUUUGCCUUCACACUGUGUCACUUGAAAUUAAACAUGGCAGAGUGGGCAUUGGAGUUAAAUUGAACAGUCUCCUCUUAGAGCUCAGCUCCAAAAGCCAAUGCAGGAAUAAAUAAGGUAUUUUGGCACGCACGGUGUCUGCAAAUGAAUAAACUGACACAACUGCAUACCAAGACACAAUUACAAGUUUAAUCUUGUAAAUUCUUUCCAUGGUCUAUAGCGCCUUGCAUGGGUAUUCGCCCCCUCAAACUUUUCCACAUUUUGUAAUGCUGCAACCUGGAAUGGAAUUGGACUUGAUGGGAUUUUAUCAAAACAAGUCUGGUACAAUGUUCUGGAAAGGUAUGAAUUAGGGUUUGAUUAUUUAAAAAAAUCCCAAACUUCGAAUAUCUUCCACAGACCAUUUAAUCCAUUAUCAUAAAUCGAAAGAAUAGGGCACAACCUUGACUCUGUCUAGAGGAGACCAUCCACCAAAGUCAGUAAGGAAGGCAUUAGUCUAAGAAGAAACCAAGAGAUCAAUAUUAUGUCAAUAUUAAAAAUUAUGGGUUAUUUCAUGUAGAUUCAUGACAUCCAGUUUCAUUACAACAUGUUGAAAAGUUCAUGGGGGUGAACACUUAUGCAAGGCACUGUAUGCACAUAAAUAUUAAGCUUCCUGGUUAAAACGUUCCACAAAUCCCUAAAAAGUGUGUAAAAUUGGUGUGAAGUAGGACGUCAGUGACAAAAGGGUGUUCUCACAGUUGGUAUGGUAAUAGGAUCACCUUUCAGAUGAAUUCACUGAAUUUCCUGGUGUGUCACAAUGAACAGAUCAACAGGUGUGUAAACACUGGGAUGUAAACUUGUGCUAUUAUUUGGAGCAGCAAGUGAAAGGAAACAUGAUCGGGGGAGGGGGGGCGGGGUUUGGGUGAGUUAAAAUUUCUUAAGACCAUCUUUCUUAAGACCAAUCAGCUGUGUACAUGAAGUAAGCAUAACUAAAUAUUAAGGAAGAAAUGUCACUGAUACUGAAUUUCAAAGGAAUGAAAAUAAUAUAUACAACACACUCUUAUUAUGUAGGUAAUUUGUGUAUCCACAUAUAUCCUGAAGAGUCUAAAAGAAAUAAACGUGCCUUACCUCUUAUUAAUUCAGAGAGAAUGUUUAUUGUGCCUCAGUUGAGAGUGCCUACACCAAGACCUUAAAUCUGUUUCUAAUUGCCUUUUUAAUCUUUCCAUAAUUCAGAAUUUACAGUGAAUUAUAGAUUUAUAGAUUUGUGUGAGUUGUGAUGGAAUAAUGAGUUUAAUAACAUUUUGCCAAAGAGGCUUAAUUUUGACACUUCUAUUAAUAACCAUCUAAAUUAGCUGUUCUUCAUGCAUUCAUGCAGUAAUGAAAGCAAUCUGGUUUAGAGGUUUUGUUUCGCAGCCUUUACUGAACACUGCUAUCAGAUCUGCAGUUGACUCAGUCUCUUAUGAUUGCAAUAAACUGUUUUAUUACUAAAUAAACCUGUGUUCAUCAUGUCAAACAAUUGCUUGAUUAAAAUGCUAGACAUUAGUUGAAUCAAUGUAAAGCACAGUUUGCAUUCUUGCAAUCAAGUGUAAAUGUUUGCACACCCUUAUGACAAAAUGAAGGAAAUAAAGAAAUUCUAAAAUAUAGUAAUAAGCCAUUUAGUGUGUUAGUUUUUUUUUUUUUAAACAGAUGUUCGUUCAUUAUCACAAGUAACAAAAUGGUGAAAUAGUGUAUGUUUAUAUAUUACUCGUGAAAAAAAAAGAUAUUUUUUAAACGUGCAUUCAGAAUGUGAUAAAAAUGUUCUUGCCCACUUUGUUUCUUUAUAACUGUCUUUAUAACUUCCUUUGCAUUCUCUGAACACAUAUUCUGUCCUAAACUGAUCUAAAAUUGAGACUGACAUGAAUGUAUUUGAUGUUUGUAUUUGAGUUUGUUUUCCCCUUCUUGCAUACUUGUCAAAUAAGUGCUGUCAGUGAGGUAGAGGAUUUGAAAUGCCAAGACCAUCCUUUCUAAUUUCACUUGUGAAAUCUUCUAAUGUUAAAUAAAUGUUGAUUUUUAAUUAUGCAGUGUAUUCCCAACUCAGUCUAAAAUUAAUGAUGGAAAUGAAUGUUCAGUAGUUCACUUUCAGGUAUAAUGUUAAAUCUGUAUUGUUUAAUUAGAUGCUACCUUUUUUGAUGUCUCUGUUUUUUGAACAUGUUUAAUAAAGAUCAGUAAAUAUUCUAAUAA